AUGGGGGACCGCAAGCGCACGUUUAGGACGUUCCAGUACAGGGGCGUGGAGCUGGAGAAGCUCCUCGACCUCAAGAUUGACAAGCUGGUCACGCUCAUGAAUGCGCGCGUCCGCCGCAAGUUCUCGCGCGGCCUCUCGCGUGGCGCGAACACGCUGAUCCGCAAGCUCCGCGCGGCCAAGAAGGCGGCCGCGGACGGCGAGAAGCCGGACCCCGUCCGCACGCACCUGCGCAACAUGAUCGUCCUCCCGGAGAUGAUCGGCUCCGUCAUCGGCAUCUACAACGGCAAGACGUUCAACCAGGUCGAGAUCAGGCCCGAGAUGGUCGGCCACUACCUCGGCGAGCUCUCCAUCACCUACAAGCCCGUCGCUCACGGCCGGCCGGGCAUUGGUGCCUCCAUGGGUGCCAAGUUCAUCCCCCUGAGGUAA